AUGCCCUCAUUCCCCUCUUUUACCCUAUCACUCUCCAUCCUACUAUCAGGCUACCUCACCUCCAUCUGCGCAACACCUCCAACCACAACCCAACGAUCCCCCUACGAGACCGACCGCAUCCGUAUUAUCACAGGCAACGUUGCCAUCAACGCAAGCCGCGCUGUCGUUCUCAUCAGCGCUUACCAUGCGCUCAUCGCCCUCUUCUACCCACCAAAUUCCACUACCGGCAUUCUGUCCGCCAUCUGCCCUCAUCCCGAGAAUCUCAACCUAGAGACCCUUACCUGGAGUCCGACGGUACUUCUCUCCCUCCUAGCCAUCGCAUCCGGCUCCGCCAUCCGACUCUCAGCGUUUGGAGGGCUAGGUCGAAAUUUCACGUUUUAUCUGUCGGUGCCGGACCGAUUGGUUACGAACGGUGUAUAUACAUAUGUCCAGCAUCCGAGUUAUACGGGGCUUGCUCUGGUGGGGCUGGGGUGUGCGGGUCUGUUUUGUCGGUGGGAUGGGGCGGUAGGAGCGUGCUUAUUGAGCAAGGAUGUGAUUGAGAGGCUUGGUGGAUGGGGCAUGACGGUGGUAGGGGCGUUGGGGACGGUAGCUGUAAUGGUAGUAGGGGUGAGGGUAAGGGAUGAGGAGAGGAUGCUGCGGGAGAAAUUUGGGAGGGAGUGGGAGGGGUGGCAUGCCAGGACGGCGAGGUUCAUUCCGGGUAUUUGGUAG